GCUCGCUGCUUUGCUUCUGAGGAGGAUUCAUUACGCUGUAUGGAGUGCAUUAAGUACAAGCAUGGGAAUUGUAAUAUGCACGGUUUGUUGCCGUCGCAGGUAGAAAAGAUUGUAGCUCAGCAUUCCGCUGCUGAAGCUGCUCUUGACAAUGCGGAGGAGGAGCUAGAGCGUGCUAUAGCCAAGGUGUGCUGGUUGCGGAAACAGCGCAAGCUGUGGGCCGAGAAAAUAGCAUGCGCAGUGCAUCGUAGCUUGAACACGAUUGAGGAGCUUGAUUGUGUGGAAGCGGAGAAGCUAGCAAGGGAGCAGCAGGCCCGUAUUCCUGUUGAUCUCCUUCCUGAA